CUCUGUCAGAAGGGGUAGCGAAGGAGCCUUGUGCAGGGUCCGGUUGAUGGAGGGAGCGGGUAAUCUAUGAGCACCAGGAGCUGCAGAGCCCGGGCAAGCUCUGUCUGUGUCUGCACACUCAGCCUGUCUGCAUUCACUGUUAAUUAGCAAAGUAGUUCAAAGCACAAGAUUGAAAUUUCUGCUGUACAGGAAGGAUGUGAACCUACAUUGCAGGACAUGGCAACUGUUAUUGCUCAAGUUACUGGAGUACCCCAGCAACUGCAGAAACUAAUCUUUAAAGGCAAAUCUCUCAAAGACAUGGAACAACCUUUGUCCGCUUUUGGUGUUAAAAAUGGCUGUAAAAUAAUGAUGAUCGGCAAAAAGAACAGUCCUGAGGAGGAAGCUGAAUUAAAAAAGUUAAAGGAGCUGGAAAAAUCUACAGACCAGCUCUCCCACAAACUGGAAGAAAUUAAUGCAGAGCUGACAGGCAUUCAGAAUGGGUUCCUAGCCCGAGAUCUUCAAUCAGCUGCAUUAAGCAAAUUAGAGAAGAAGGUGAAGACCACAUCUGAACAGUGUAUGAAGUUUCUUGAACAGAUUGAUGCUAUGAGUUUGCCUGAUGACUUUAGUGACUGCAGACAUAGGAGGAAAGGUCUAGUAAAGAAUGUACAGAAUUACUUGGCUCAGUGUGACAUCAUUGAAACAAAUAUCUCACAGGAACUAGAAAAGCUUCAAUCAAAGAACCUCACUCUUGCUGACUGAUUUUACAGAAAAUAACAAAGGAGUAUAAUAGUCAUUUGUACCAAUCACCUUCAGCAACAACCUGCUGAUUCCAUCUGAAAUGCCACUAAUGCUGAUGACACCAUCCCCUACAGAGUUAACUCUGAAAGGUGAGCUGCAAUCAAAAUUGUAGGUCAAUGCAGACAGACCUGAGAAGGAGAACACAUGGAUCAUUCUCUUCAAAGAAAGAACACAUUCAUAAAACCCCCUGAAUGAGAUCAACUGAAAACUGUCUAUAUAGUUUUGCUCCGGAAUACAAACCAACUUGACUGUUUUUCAGCCUAUUAAAUUUUGUAAUUAUAGUAAUGAUUCAAGCUGAUGGAAAUGCUGGUGUAAGAAUGAAUUCUAACAAUUUAAAGUCUCUAAAUCAAGGAUGAAA